AUGCUCCGAUUCGGUAUCAAUAUUAUUCUAUUUGGCAUCUUUGUUUCGAUUUCGUUUGCUAACAAUGAUUUAAACGAUGUACGAUGUACACUAAGACAAGAUUUUUCUGAAAGUGCGAAGAGUUCUGUAAGUGAAUUAUGUUUACAAGCUAAACUAGAGAAAGAUGCAUCAAAUAAUAAAAAUUAUAUAUUUACUUAUUCGAAUGGUACUGGUCCUGGAUUUUCAUAUGGUGAUGGAGGAUUAAUUGCUGCAGCAUCCGUUAGAAAUUGGCCUGCAUUAAUUAAUCAAGGUGUUUCUAUGGUUGUUCUUUAUUUAAAACCGUGUGGUUUGAAUUUACCUCAUAUUCAUCCACGUGCAACAACUAUUUCUUAUGUUGCUAAAGGAAUUAUUCGAACUGGCUCAUGGAGUGAAAAUACCGGUCAAUUUCAUGCUAUCACAUUAAAGGCCGGCCAAGGUACUACAUUUCCAGCAGGAGCAUUACAUUUUGAACAAAAUAUUGGUUGUGAUGACGCUAUUGUCGUUGCUGCAUUUAAUUCUGAAGAUCCUGGUACUGCUCAAUUAACAGAAGGCAUUAAAGUAUUACCUUUAGAUAUAUUAACCACGUCCUUUGGUAGCGAAUCACAAUAUCAAAUUGAUCAAUUACGACGAAAUUUUCCAAAAACACCUAUCAAAGGUAUUGCUUCAUGUUACAAAGCAUGUGGAUUGGAUAAAAAUGGAAAUAAGAUAAAAUAA